CUUUUCGACGCCCGACCAACUUCGCAACGAAGACGACCAUGACUUUCAUGCGCCUUGGCAUGGCCAUGUGCGCGGUGGGGGGAGUUCUGGCAGCGCAAGCUCCAUUUCCUCCUUUGGCUCCGAGAAUCGAACUGCAUGAGUGCUCGCUGUCGUCCAUCGCGGCCACUGUGACGUGGCCAGCUGUCGCCGCAAGUGACGAUGCGCUUGACGCAUACGAGGUGUCAUACCGAGUGGCGCAGAAAUCUGCGUGGACGUCAUGGUCUAGCUCGCUGACAGGUCGCAUAAGCACUGUGCCAUCGCUGGGCGUGCAAACCGUGGUGAGUCGAGGGGUGUCGGGGCCGAUCACCGGUGGGUUCUUUCGCCUCACAAGUUCGUACGCCAGCGUUGCCGACGUCGACACUCGAACAGGCUUGGCUGUAUCCCCCCUGAUCGCAUUCGACGCAUCCGCCGCGACCGUCCAAGCCGCUCUCCAAUCCAUCCAUGACGUCUUGCACGUGCAAGUCACUCGGCAAGGGCCUGACACCACGGGCGGGUAUGCAUGGCACAUCGAGUUUCAUGAGAGUCACCCGCGGCCCAUGCUUGGCAUCCACACGAACCUUCUGGACAACGGGAGUGUGACGAUCGCGCAGCUGCAGCCGCCGACGUCCAUGUGUACGGCCGAGUGCGUCGCGACAGUGUCUGGCCUCGCGCAUAGCACAGACUAUGUGUUCCGUGUGCGAGCGCAUGCUGCCACGGGUGGCUGGGGGGCAUGGAGUCCUGUGACCGCGCCAUGGUCGACGUGCAUUCUAGCUCUGCCUAGCAUGCCAGUUCAAGUUGUCGCCACGAGCGCGACCGUCACGACCAUCUCCAUCACGUGGAGCCCUCGUAUCCAUCCCACCGUCACAUCGUUGCCGACGCUGUCGUACUCGGUGGCAUCUCGCUGUCACGACGACGUGUUUUGGCGCACAAUCAAGACUGACCCUUCCUCGACGUUUGCCACCAUCACGACACUCCGACCCAACACGAUGUGCCAAGUGCAAGUCUUCGCGACGAACGCGAUGGGAAAUGGCCCGCCGUCCGACGUGGUCGUCGUGCGGUCGUUGCCAGGGACGCCGUUGCCUCCUCAAAAUGUCACGCUCUCCUGUGUAGUUGGCAUGGUAUUGCAACUGUUGUACACGCCAACGUCAGACGACGGCGGGGCACGCCCCGUCACCUAUGUCGCAGCGUACAAGGCUGUGGACGCCAUCGACUGGAUCCGUUUGAACGAGUUCAAGUGGUCAGCGCCGGCUCCGUACACGAGAUACGUGGCUCGAGUGGCCUCCGUGAAUCCGUUGGGAACGAGUGACUGGGUCGUGACCAACAUUGUGCGCUCCGACCGGCCGCGAGUGACGGUCAGCGCUGCAGUGACAAUUCGGCCCCACCAGUUUACGCUACUCGCGGCGACCUUAGGGGACGCGGCGAACCGAAACGACAAGUACUAUAUGGGGGGCACGAGCAAUGGGGGCCGGCUUGGCGGUGACGGGCAGCCAGGGGUGGUAUACAUGCGGUUGUUUGCGUUGGACGGGUUGUUGCUAAAGCAAGAUGCCUUGUACUACACGGGAACGGCCCAGAAUUAUACGAUUCCAGACAACCCCAAGUACGAACGUGCUGUCGUCGACGUGUAUGCAUGGGGCGGUGGCGGUGGCAGCGGUAGCCAAGCCGCCAUCGACUUGGGGGUUGGCGGCGGCGGUGGCUUUGCCCGAGCGUCGUUUUCGACCUCCCGGGGCGCGGUGUUCCAAGUGUCGGUGGGCGGCGGAGGGGGUGGUGGUGGCAGCGGCGCGGGCGGGUUUGGCGGGGGUGGCCGUGGCGGACGAGGCGAUUUCGUUGGCGGCGGGGGAGGAGGGGCUACGAUGGUUUACAAGGAGAAGCCUGUGGGAACGUGGUCGUUGCUUGUCGUGGCUCCGGGGGGUGGCGGAGGCGGUGCAAGUGCCGUGUGUUGCUCGGCAGGGGGCGCCGCCGGUGGCCUCAACGGAACGGCCGGCACAGCACCAACCGCUGCUCAAAUGGGACUUCCGCUUCCCGUGGCUUCGCGCGACGAGUUUCACUCCAAGUUUGAAUUUGGCGACUUUCGGGACUUUAUGGGUGCUUCUGCCUACGACAACAAUCUCGAGGUGGGAUAUGCACCAGGAGCUGAUUUUUCGGCGCUGGCGAGUCCUGGGGGUGGUGGAAGUGGCGUGGCGGGGGGUGAAGCUGGCCACCAAAGCUCGUAUGCAUCUGUUUUCAAUCAAGUCUCGUCGAACGGCCAGGAACGCGUGGGGGGUGUUGGGGGCGAUGGGAAAAAGGGGGGUGGUGGUGGCGGCGGCGGGUACUUUGGCGGAGGCGGCGGUGGCGGGGGACUUCAAGGGGCCGGGGGAGGCGGGGGGAGCGGAUAUAUAUCCAUGUCGGCGAUCGAGCCCCUAUCCUUUCCAUUGGACCCCCCAGUCCCUGAACAGGUGACGGUAGUGCCUGGCGUGUCGUCCCUAACUGUGAAAUGGCGUGCCCCCACCAAUACGCCAAUCUCGUUUCGACCCCAAAACGAAGGAUACCUCAUUGAACUCGCUGUCGGGGACUCCAACGAAGACUUUAGUCCGGUGGAUGGCACGACGGACAAGCAUUUUGUCGUGAUGGGCCUCGAGCCGGCGACGACGUAUGCGAUCCGGGUCAAACUCAUCAUGGCGGGAAACGUGGGGGGCUACAGUCCACGCGUAAUUAGCCAAACGCUGGCCCGACCAAUCAACUCGUGGCGACUCAUCCGGCCGAUGCUGUUGAUGCAGUCGAAUGUCGGCAGUGGUUUCCGUCACAACGACGACGUGUUCAGCUCUCCGUCGCCUAGACGAGGACAUAGCAUGGUCGUGUUGGGCGAGUACUCGUACUUGUUUGGGGGGUUUGGACCUGGGUAUCCCUGCCAACGUGGUACAAGUGAUGUGUGCGUGACGUCAGCACUCGAAACAAACGAGCUGUGGCGGUAUCAUUCCGCUACCCAGUCGUGGCUCCACGUGCAAGAUGUAGUGGGGAGCGUGCGUCCUCCUCGUCGUGAAAAGCACACGGCGUCGGCGUUGGGCAAGUCCAAAAUGCUCGUGUUUGGCGGCCGGCAACUGGCUGGCCCUUCGUUCAACGACGUGUGGCAGCUGGACGUAGGCACCCCGACGACUCUUGUGUCGGACCAAUCGACGGCAAACGUGCUCCUGCGAGACGGCGCGGACACAUGGACCACGGCCGUGGCCAGCACGGACCCGACUGCCACAUGCAUUCAGUCGAUGCAAGUGGUGCUAAAUAUCACGCACUCGUGCCUAAAUACACUCGAAGUGUUCUUGUACGGCCCGGGUCCGUCGACGCUGCCGGCGCUGCAGCAGGAUGGCAAAACGGGAUCAGAUGUCGCGCGUGAUGUGAUGUGGACAAUGGACGGUGGACGUCAAUUCGAUGGGUCUGAGCGCAUCUCGUCGCGGUACCCGUCGACUCGAGGACACCGCGUGCAGCUAUACGGUGCAGCCAACGCCUCGAUGGAGUGUGUAUCGGGGCCACAGUCACUUGUCAUAGACGCCACCUCGUCGUUGGAACCCUUGGAUGCAUUUUAUCAUUUGCCCGCGGCUGGCAUGUGGACAUUGCAGGUGCAUGACCGCGCUAAAGAUCUGUUGGGUGGCACGUUGACGUCGUGGCAAAUUACAUGGACAAUGGAGCCGUGUACCCCGGUGUAUGAAUGGACGGACGUGAGCCGCACGAUCCGGGGCACGCCGCCGUCGCCGCGGUACCAGCACACGAGCAUCGUCGUGGGAACGACCAGCUUGUUUGUGUUUGGAGGCAAAGAUACCGCGGCCUGCCAACACGAUUUGUAUCGUCUCGACUAUUAUUCGCCUACUAGUCCUAAUAAUGCGUGGCAGACGCUGCAACCACUGGGUGAAUCCAUUUUCCAUCGACGCUACGGCCAGCUAUUUUUUAUCACGCCGUUCCAAGCGCUUGUACCGACGGCGGGCCUCCAGACCACCGACGACCAAUCGUCCCACGACCAAACCGGUCUGGACCUGUUGCAGUACUCGCUCACCGAGCCAACGUCGGCCAUGACGUCCAUUAAUGUGGCCAACAACGAUACAGCAGUCCCCAGUCACCGGUAUUUUACCGCAGGCGCGUGGUGGCCGGCUUCGACAAACUCUAAAGUCGUGCUCUUUGGCGGCCAAGACGACACGGGGUAUUUAGACGACUUGUGGGAGCUGACGUUGGAGGAAUCAACGGCGACGACAACAGCACCAGACCAAGUGUGUCCGUGGAUGUUGCGCACCCGCGCCGCGGAAUGGUCCGUAUCGUGCGGCGCUACAAGCUUACCCAGUCAGCCGUGCGCUGCGUCGGCUAUUUUGCUUGCAGCGUGGUGCAAAGAUUCGUUUCAAACAGUGCACAAUUUGCAUUGAGCUCGUUUGCUGUUACUACGGUAGUAAGGAAAUAAGUAAAACACGAAGGGGAAUUUUUCGGCCUGUCGAUAUGGUGAUAGGUAGACCAA